GCUAUUGGAACAUCAUUGUCCAUGGGCGAAAGCACUCCUACAGACUGUACACGAAGCUGUUGAAUGAAGCCAUGCGCUGGGCUUCUGCCAUUCAAGGUGUCAUUGACAGCAAAGUUCCCAUAGAAACACCUACACAGCAACUCAUUCGUGACAUCAGGGAAAACAGCACAAACUUUGAAGUAGUGGAACAGACAUAUAGGAGGAACCCAAUUUUGCGAUAUACCCAGCACCCUUUGCAUUCCCCAUUGCUCCCACUACCGUAUGGAGAUGUUAGUGUCAACUUGCAACAAGAGAAGGGUUACAGCAGCUUACAGGAUGAAGCGGUGAAGAUCUUUAACUCCCUUCAGGAAAUCGAGACAGUGUCUGACCCCAUACCCAUUAUCCAAGGCAUUCUGCAGACCUGCCAUGAUCUAAAGCCCCUGCGUGAUGAAGUGUACUGUCAGCUCAUCAAACAAACUAAUCACAUGCCACAUCCCAACAGUACAGGGAACCUGCACCACUGGCAGCUGAUGGCAUGCAUGAGCUGCACUUUCCUGCCCAGCAGAGGAAUCCUGCGCUACCUCAAGUUCCACCUGAGAAGGGUAAAAGACCUCUUUCCAGGCUCAGAAAUAGACAGGUAUGCGCAAUUCAUAAGUGAUUCCCUGAAGAGAACAAAGACAAGGGAGUUUGUGCCCUCCCAGGAGGAAAUACAGGCUCUUCUCACCCGUGAAGAAAUGACCACAACAGUGUACUGCCAUGGCGGUGGCUCCUGUAAAAUAACCAUCAAUUCCCACACAAGCGCUGGGGAGGUGGUUGAAAAGCUGAUCCGAGGUUUAGCGAUGGAGGACAGCCGUAAUAUGUUUGCACUCUUUGAACACAACCAGCAGGUGGACCGUGCUGUUGAGAGUCGGGUGAUUGUGGCUGAUAUCUUGGCCAAGUUUGAGAGGCUUGCUGGCUCUGAAGAAGAAGAGGAGGAAGGACAGUGGCAGUUGUAUUUUAAGCUUUAUUGCUUCUUGGAUAUUGAGAAUGUUCCCAAAGAUGGGGUGGAGUUUGCCUUCAUGUUUGAGCAGGCUCAUGAAAGCCUCAUAGAUGGUCAUUUUCCUGCACCGGAGGACACUCUGCAGCGCCUAGCAGCUCUACGGCUGCAGUACCUUCAUGGAGAUUAUUCUAAAAUAAGUUGGUCCCUUGAUGGAAUCUACCCAGUUAACAGACUAAAAUCCAAAAUACUGCAGUCAACAAAGAGCAGCGGCACUACCAGCCAUACUCUGGAGAGGAGACGCACCAGCUUCCUUGAAGGGACAUUGAAACGUAGCUUCAAGACAGGCUCUGUAAAGAAGCAGAAGGUAGAAGAGGAGCAGAUGAUGGAGAUGUGGGUAAAGGAAGAGCUUUCAGCUGCUCGAGCAAGCAUAGCCCAGAAAUGGACCAAGCUGCAGGGACUCUCUCAGCAUCAGGCUAUGGUGAAAUACAUGUCCAUUGUAAAGGAGUGGCCAGGUUACGGGUCAACCCUCUUUGAUGUUGAGUGCAAGGAGGGUGGCUUUCCAAAUGAUCUUUGGCUUGGAGUCAGCACAGAGAAUGUGUCUGUCUACAAACGAGGGGAUCCUAAACCACUAGAAACUUUCCAGUAUGAGCACAUCGUUUUCUUCGGAGCACCACAGCCUAACACCUUCAAAAUUACAGUGGAUGAGAGAGAAAUGUUCUUUGAAACAUCCCAGGUGGGCGAGAUAAUAAAGAUCAUGAAAGCAUACAUCAACAUGAUUGUGAAGAAACGCUGCAGCGUCAAAUCAGCAACCAGCGUGGACAGUCAUGCUAGCAUCUGGACUAGGUGAUACGACUGAACUGCCGCAGUAGAGGCAGGCAGUUGUUUAAUGAUUGGUAUUUGCAACUUGCCAGCAUGAGUGUAGCAAAGAUGUUUUUUAAGAACUCCACUUGACUGACUACUGUAUUCAAAAACUGAAGUGACAUUUACAGUACCAUAGGAUUUGCACCUCUGCCCAAAGACAUUAAACAGUAACAACUGUUGUUAAAUGUUAAUGACCCCAAACUUGUUCCCCCCUUGCUUGUUUCAUGAACAAUGUACCUUAAAGAAGCAAAGUCAGAAGCA